AUGCGUCGGUUCUACUUACUUUCCAGUCUCGUCUCGACUUUGAAGGUCGUCUCUGGUCAGGCCGACGGACUCCUAUCAAGCACCAUGGAGUCCGCGUUAAAUAUGGACACCAUCCCCAAGGACGCACUUCUAUACAACUCACCCGAGUAUAGGGGAAUUGGCUCAGUUGCAGUCCCAGUCUUUCUUCUUACGAACCUCACAGCUGCUGAGCAGGAGGCCUACCAAGCUGCUCUUGUAUCCGACACGGAAUUGGAGUUUGUGCAUCCUCUGCUUCGAGCAUGGACGGAAGACUACGAAGGGACGCCGGACGAUCUGUUCCGACUGUGGCGGAAGGCGGACGACUUCGCUUUCUUCAUUGACCGCGAGGGUGCGGCAGAUGCUACAAUCUUGGUCGCUGCGCCCGAUGACUAUACUAUGCUUUUCAGUCCUGAGGCUAGCUGA